CUUAACUUUCUCAACAGUAUAAGGUUCAGCCAAAAUGCCUUUAUUAACGGGAAUCAGGCCGUUGUACAGAAGGCAAAAUGCCUCUGCCAUACUGAGAAACAUUCGACAAGCACAGGGCUACGGCAGGAGAUAUACUAGUGAUGGUGGACCGCCAACUCCUGACAGGUCAGCCGCUAUACGUCGAACUGGAUUACUGGUAUCGGCAAUCGUAGGAGCUGGAGCCGUAUAUGCGAUUUCCUAUUCAAGGGCACCACCAGAGACAAAAGCUCCAAAACCUCAGAUCCCUCAUGCUGAAUUGACAUUCGAGGAAGAGAGGAAGAAGCCUGCAUCUGCGGAGGAGAAUAGGGAGGCGAUUAGCCCCCAACACAUACAGAUCAAGAAGAGUUGGGAGAAUCCGGGUGUAUUUGCGUGGGGAUCGAAUACCGGCCAUGUCGUUGCGCCGGAAUCGAACGAGCCUGCGAUUAAAGUGCCAAAGAGGAUCGCAUACUUUGAUGGCCUUGUCUUGAGAGAUCUAAAGCUUGAUCGCAACUUUGGAGCGGCAGUCACUGAGAAUGGAGAUGUCUUGCAAUGGGGUGCCGGCUACUCUACAGACUUGCCAGGCCCGACUCCGACCCUUACCGGAAAGAACAUCACAAAGAUAUCACUAUCUGGCGACCGGGUCAUAGCACUAGCCAAGAACGGUUCGGUGUUCUCUCUGCCCGUUUCCCGCAAGGCCCAGCUCGAAGACUCAAAGCCUAAACAAAGCAGUCUCUUCGGGUGGGGCUCCAAGUCCCCUCUCAGCUACGAAGAGAUCAAGCUUCCUAACCUCAGCUACGGAGAGAAGGUCACCGAUAUCAGCACCGGCCAAGAACACUGUCUACUUCUCACAAGCUCCGGCCGCCUCUUCUCCUCCGCCACCUCCCACGCUUCCUUCCCCGCCAAAGGCCAACUCGGCAUUCCAGGCCUAAUGCGCUCCGUUCUCCCAGCCGGAGAGGUGUUCCACCACCCUGCUCACGAAAUCGAGGGCCUCAAGGGUAUUCGCAUUUCCAAGAUCGCAACCGGCGACUACCACUCCGUCUGCUCCGACGACCUUGGCCGCGUCUUCACAUUCGGCGACAACUCCGCCGGUCAACUCGGCGUCGAGCCCACCCCCCAAAAAUCCCACCUCGACGCCCCCUUCCUCCUCCCAGUAGAUAAACUCUACGCCGGCUCGAACCUAACCCCCUUCGUGACCAACGUCGCCGCCGGCGGAAACGAUACCUUCUUCACCGUCGACGCCAAGCCCAGCGCGUCUAACCUCGAUGGCCCAGGAGGCGUUCAGAUCAGCCCCAGGAUCACGGCUGAUACCUGGAGCUGCGGGACGGGGAUCCACGGCACCCUCGGUAACAACCGGUGGACGCACAUCCAAGGCGCCCCAUCGAAGAUCAAAGCCCUCUCCGGGCUCUGCGAGUACGACGAGUCUACCAACGCCACCGUGCCCAUCCGCGUCGGCCGCCUGAGCAUCGGAACAACCCACGCAUCCGCGCAAAUCUCCAAUGUAACGAAUGUCGUCACCGAUGGCGAUAAUGAGACCAAUUACGGCGCAGACGUGCUGUUUUGGGGCGGUAACGAGUUCUUCCAGCUCGGCACGGGGAGACGCAAUAAUGUUAGCGUGCCGACGUAUAUUGCGCCGCUAGAUGCGAGGCAGGAUAGGGAUAUUGGGAAGAGGACGGAUCAUAGGUUUCAGGUUGCGCCGAGGAAGAAGAUUGUUGUUGGGGGGAGGACGGUGGAGGUGGAGCAGAGGGUUGAGUGUGGGAGGGGGGUGACGGCUGUGUAUAGCGCUGUAUGAAGGCGGGUGUUUGUAUGAAUAGGUGCAUUAUUAACGAUUCGGGAUUUGGAACAGGGCUGUAUAAAAGUAGUGGGGGGUUGAUGGGAGGUUGACAGGCUCCCAUUGGUUGUGUAUUGGUAGUUUGAAGUUGGAUACGAAAAGGGGUCGCAUCUAGGGGGUCUAUGUUAUGGGAUAGUUCUGACUCUAUAUAAGCGGAUGUUCUAUUGAUGGUGUCGUGGGAGUUGGUAUAUACUAUCUAUACCAUGUUAAAUAUUGAAAUUAAUAUAUUCCACUCAAAUAUUG